AACAUCCAUGGCUCUAGGACACCUUGCAAAAGCAAAUCCACGCUAGAUGUUGGCAUAAAAAAUCUCGUCCGUGACUAAGUAGUAGAGGAUCCAAUGGGAUUCCCAAGCUCAAACCAUGGUUGAAAAGCACGGAUGCAAUCAUCAAUCAGACACAGAAACCCAUACUAGCACUCCUACCGUUAAUAAGAGAAAACCAGCGCCAACGGAAUGCCAGCGCGCCUUCGCAUUCAGUAGCACGGACGCCGCUCCAAGACAAGUCUACGCUAACACGACAGACAAAAGAAAGAGGGAAAAAAGAAGAAGAAAAAGAAAUCGCAACAAUAAAGAGAUCUACCAAUCGCAACGAUAAAGUGAUCUACCACAGUAACGAUCAAUCAUCUAUAUACAAAAGGCUCAAACAGUUUAAUAUGCAUCCAAGAAUUAUGAACUAGUAAUAUUCAAUCUGUAAGAGAGUGCCCAGAAUCUAGCUUCCAUCGAUCAAUGGCUUACUCAAGCACCACUUCCUCAGACGAGAAGUACCCGUACCCCUGGGAGGUUAACGUUCUGGACUUCGUCCCAGACAAGUUGUCUGAUGCGAAAUGCUAUCCCGAGUGGAAGCAGCUGAUGGUAGACCUCAUCAAGAGUCAAGGCUUGCUUGGCUUUGUAGAUGGCAGCACAACUGAGCCUGCAUCCAAAAGGGUCUCCCAAGCGGCCUCAUCAAAUUCCGUCUCAUGGAGAAGAUCAGACAAUCUUGUACAGGGAUGGAUCCUUACUACGCUCGACAAAGAUACCCGUCUGCAAGUGUUGCAAUAUACAACUGCAAGAGGGGUGUGGACAAGGUUGGUGGAUAUGUUCGAUCGGGCUAAAAAUAGGUUCCAACUAGAUGAAGAAACUGCAAAGAAGCUAAGCAAUUAUCUGCCACUGCUAAUAGCUGCAAUCGAAGGUGACUGGGACACCACCAGCAAAAUCAUAGAAAGUGAACCAGAUAUUGUCAGGGCUGCCAUCACGCCACACUCAGAAACAGCGCUCUUUCUGGCAGUGAAGUCGUCACGGAGAAACCAUUUCGUGGAGAAGAUUUUGAAGAAAAUGUCACCAGAGGAUGCAGGCCUAGCUAACCUAUGGGGCAUGACAGCUCUUCAUCGUGCUGCAGGAGUUGGCAACGUUGAGGGAGCAAAACUGUUAGUUAACAAGAACCCGAACCUGCCUAACGUUUUGAAUAAAUAUGGAUAUGCACCUCUCAAUUAUGCUGCUAGCACUGGGAGUAGGGAGAGUGUUGUUUACUUAUGGGAAGUCACCAAAGAAGAAGUUAAAUUGAAAGAUGACGUAGCUGCUGAACUUUUGCGCGAUCUCACAAGAGGGGAACACUACGACAUAGCUCUAACAUUGCUUCAGCGCAAACCUGAGUUGGCAUGCAUGGAGCCCUCUGUUUUGAAUGUGCUUGUUGAAAAGUGUUCUUCUUUCCGAAGUGGAACCUCCUUAAACUUCUGGCAGAGCUUAAUCUAUUCGGGUGUUCCUGCGAAAUCAGAACACAUUGCAAAGCGCCAUAGCGGGGGAGGAGGGAACAUUGAGAAGCCUACCAACUGCUGCAUUUUUGGUUGGGUGAGGCAAAGAUUUCAUUCUAUGUUUUGGGAAGUUGCUGAAAAAUUUGUACCACAGAUCAAGAACAUCCGAGAAAAGAAAUUAAUACACCAUAAUGUACUUCAACUUCUCAGACUCCUUUGCGUUGAAAUUGCAAAACUAAAUUUCUCCAAAGUGCAAAGCAUAUUUGGUCCCGGCGUUGCUCAGUGCAACAUAUGCUGGAAUUCAUGAGAUUGUUGAAGAGAUCAUAGUGUUGUAUCCUCUCGGCAUGGAUUCUCGAAACGAGGUGGACGGAACCUUAUUCCAUUAUGCAAUUAUGUGGCGCCGUGAACGUGUGUUCAACCUCAUAUAUCAACUGGAAGCUGGUUGGAGAUAUCUAACAUUACUAGAUAAAUCGAGGAACAAUGGUCUGCAUUUGGCUGGAUGUUUGAGACCUCAGCAAAAACUCAAUCUCAAAGAGAGUGUUGCGGGUGCAGUGUAACAAAUGCAACGUGAAUUGCAAUGGUUUAAGGAAGUGGAAAAACUUGCAAAGCCUGGAGACAAGGACGUAAGGAACACCGACGGAAUGACACCUGCAGAAGUGUUCACUAAUUCACACCAAGAAUUGGUAAAGGAAGGUGAGCAAUGGAUGAAAGAUACGGCCACAUCAUGCACCACUGUAGCUACUCUUAUUGCCAUCUUUGCAGCUACUGUUAUAAUAUUGGGAAGAAACAACAACAACGAUGAUGGCCAUCAAUUACUUUCAAAACAAAAAUGCUUCAUAGUCUUCGGGAUAUUUGACACACUCGCUCUUUUCUCAUCCAUAACUUCUAUGUUAAUGUUCUUGCUUAUCCUCAUUUCACGAUAUGCAAGUGAAGAUUUUCUCUAUGCCUUACCCAAAAGAUUAAUUAUUGGUCUCACAACUCUAUUCGUCUCCAUAUUAUCCAUGAUGGUAGCCUUUGGUGCCAUACUCUUAUCUUUUGUUUGGAGAUGACAAGGGAUAUGGGUUCUUAUUCCUGUUGUUGCGCUGGCCAGUCUUCCUGUAACCUUGUUCGGAACCCUGCAUUUUCCUCUCCUUGUACAGAUGAUUCAAUCCACAUACGGUCGAGGCCUUUUUGGUAAGCAAAGUGAUCGUAUGCUUGGGUAGGAUAGACAUCAAAAUCGGGAAUCCAAGUUGAGCUACCGGUAUAGGUAUUUAAUGGUGUCACAACAUGCAUAAGUUGCUACUAUUUGUGUACCCGUUUUUUAGUAUGAAUAGUGCUUUGUAAUUAACUGCUCAACUUAUGAUGUUACAUUUUCCUAUUUGUAAGAUCA